AUGUCUAGCUUAUUCCCUCUUGUCUUACAGCAAAGAAGCUCUGACUCAGAAGGGCCAGGCUUUGAAGAACAGGGUCGACUUUGUUACACUGGUGCAACUACUCCACAGAUGUUCCUCCUGGGACAUCCCUGCAGGCUCUUCUCAGGGAUCAUGAAACAUGGGAAUUUUCAUCAGCAUGAGAAGGAAGGAGAAGGGACAGGAGAAUGGCACCAAGUAGCCUGUGGUGGCUUCAGCCAGGUGUUCCAGGCAACCCAGCACUGGAGGACCCAGUAUGCCAACUGCUCCCUGUGCCUCCAGAAGGAAACCACCAGCUCUGAGAUGAAUUGUCUCUUUGAAGAAGCAGUCAAAAUAGAGACAAUUAAGUUUCAACACUUUGUGUCCAUCUAUGGGGUAUGCAAGCAGCCCCUGGGCAUUGUGAUAGAGUUCAUGGCCCUGGAGAAGACACUACCUACCCACAGCCUCAGGCCACUCAAGUUCCGCAUCAUCCAUGACACCAGCUUGGCCAUGAAGUUUCUCCACAGCUUUAAGCCAUCCCUGCUCCACCUGGACCCUAAGCCAAGCAACAUCCUGCUGGACAGCAACAUCCAUGUCAAGAUUUCAGAUAUUAGCCUGACCAAGUGGAUGGAGCAGUCAACCCACAUGCAGUACACCGAGAGAUCGGCUCUGAGGGGCACACUCAGUGGCAUUCCUCUUGAAACGUUCCUGGAGAAUAGCAAGGCUCCAGGGCUUGAAUAUGAUAUACACAGAUGAGUGGGCAGCUAGGCUCUAAGUCAUAUGAUGGAUUUGUUACCCCAGCCAGGUCCCUAUGGGCUCAAUGUGAUGAACAUCAUUAUCUGGGUAGCUGCAGGCGUGAGGGCCUCCCACCCCUUGCAGCCUGUCUCUGCUGAAUGGCCAGAGGAGGCCCAUCAGAUGUUGGACCUGAUGAAACGCUGCUGGGACCAAGACCCCAAGAAGAGACCAUGUUUUCUAAAUGUGACCAUGGAGACAGAUAUGUUGCUGUCCCUACUCCAGAGUUCUAUGGCAGACCCUGAGUGUGAAGCCCUAGUCCGGAAGGUGUCUUGCAAGCCAUCACUAAGCCAGCCCCACAAGGUCAGAAGGGAAGUCAACCAGGAGCUUGCACACAGUGACUCCUUGAAGUGGAUCCUACAACUCUCUGAUGGCAAGAGCUUGGCCCCAAGUGAUGAAGAACUACAUGUCUAUGAGCACAAGAUGCCUCCCCUCUACUUCCUAGUGGCCCAGGGCAGUUUGGACCAAGUGAAGCUGCUGCUGACCCAUAAAGUUGAUGUGGACUGCCAGACGGCGUCUGUCUAUACACCACCCCUCCUUGCCACCUACGAUCAGCAGCCUGACCUCUGUGCCCUGUGCUUGGUACACGGUGCUAGUACCAACUUGGUAGAUGAGGAUGGCUAGGUCCCACUGCAUUUUGAAGCCCAGAAUAAGGAUGACCAUAUUGCCCAUCUGCUCCUGAACCAUGGAGUCCUGGUGGAGGCUCAGGACUGGACUCCACUCAGCCUAGCUGCACAAAAUAACUUUGAGAAUGUUGCAUAGCUUCUGGUCUCCUGACAGGCAGGUUUCAACCCACAGGAGGCUGAGGGUAAGAUGCCCCUCCAUGUGACUGGCUGCUUUGGCUAUAUUGAUCUGGUCAAGCUGCUGAUAAGACUUGGGGCUGAACUGGAUGCUCAGCAGAGAAACCUGAGGACACCCCUGCACCUGGUAGUGGCGAGGGGGAAAGUGAGAGCCAUCCAACACCUGCUAAAAGGUGGGGAAUUCCCUGAUGCCCUUGACCAUGGUGGUUACAGCUCAUUGCACAUGGCUGUAGCCAAGGGUAAGCAACUUAUCUUCAAGAUGCUUCUCAGAUAUGGGGUCAGCCUGGAGCUACCCACACAACAGGAAGGGACACCCGUAAGCCUAGAAACUUACAAGGGUCACAUGGAGAUCAUCCAUCUCCUGGUCAAGAGCCAUGCAGACCUAGAUGCUCUUGGAAGAAUGCACGGGACUCCCCUGCACAUGACUGCCUUCCAUGGGGAGGAGGUGGUGGUGGUGUCACUACUUCAGGGUGGGGCCAACCCAAAUGCUGCUGAUUAGUCUGGCUGGAUUCCUCUCAACCUGGCAGGGCAGAAGGGGGCCUUCCUGGGCAUCAUCCACCUUCUGGAACAUGGUGCUGAUGUCCAUGCUUGCAACAAGGUAGACUGACCUGCCCACCUGGCUGCUCUCAAGGGCAACAUAACCAUCCUUCAAGUUCUGGUCAAGGCUGGUACCCAACGAAUCAAGGAUGGAGUUGGCUGCACACCUCUGCAGAUGACCCUCUGCAACCAAAAACAGGACAUAGUGACCUUCCUGGAGGCCAAGGAGCCUUCACUAGCCGUUCUGGGAGUUUCUGAGCCUGGAUCUUUGACAGAAGUUUAGCUGUAACAGGGCCUCUGUGCAUGGAAGGAGAAAGGUUAUGGAAAAUGAAAGUGGCUUUGGAAAGGCCACUUCCCACCUGCCCAUUUGACCUUGAGAGGAACCAGUCUCCUAGGUGACAAAAAGGGGAGAGAGUCCAGUGAGGUUGUUCCGGUGAGCUGGAGAAGCUAGAGACUGCCUGGAAAACUGAUUUUAGCUACUCUCCAAGUCGUUUCCAGUCCAACCUCAUUCUUCCUUCUUUUCAAAUGAGCUCUUGUGUCCAUGAUAAACUUCCUCUCCAGCCUUAAGACUCUGCCACAUUUUGUUGCUUGCCUCUGAGUAAUGGAGUCCUUGCAUCCCAAGAAACCACCCCAAAAUAAAGACCUUGAGAUAGGGAUGGAGGGCUCCUCUCAGCUCCAAUUUUGCAUUCUAAGUUCUUCACCUUUAGACUGGGGCGGGAGAAUCAGAUGCCUGCUUUAUGUAGGGAGCAUGCACUUGGA